AUGUUGUCUUUCAAGAACGCUCUAUGGGCGUUGAUCACGCUGAUUCCUUUGGCGUCUUGCAGUGACCGGAACAAGACGUUCACCAACCCUAUCCUUCCAGGAUGGAAUUCUGAUCCAAGCUGCACCUUUGUCAAAGAGUGGGACAAUACCUUCUUCUGCACGACGUCAUCCUUCCUAGCGUUUCCUGGAGUACCCGUUUACGCCAGCAAAGACCUUGUCAACUGGAGGCUAGCUAGUCAUGCUCUCACACGUCCAAGCCAACUACCUGAACUCUCUAAUCAAGGUCAACAGAUGGAAGGUAUUUGGGCGUCGACAAUCCGAUACCAUAACAAGACUUUCUAUCUGAUCACUUCCUACGUUCAAUGGAACGAUUGGGCCCCCAAAGUACUGCUUUUCAAGACACAAAAUCCCUUCGAGGACGAAUGGAGCGAUCCGGUAGUUAUUGAGAAUCCUGCCAAUGACAUCGAUCCAGACAUCUUCUGGGAUGACGAUGGAAAGAUCUACAUGGCUGUCGCCGCUGGCAUCUGGAUCAGUGAAAUCAACAUCGAGACUGGUACAUCUACAGAGCCCUUCCGUGUUUGGAAUGGAACAGGUGAUCGCAAUCCAGAAGGUCCUCACUUGUACAAGAAAGAUGGUUAUUACUACCUUCUGAUAGGAGAGGGUGGUACAGAACUGAAUCAUACUGCAACGCUCGCGCGUUCAAAGGACAUUCGAGGUCCAUACGAAGGGUAUUCCGGGAAUCCGUUCUUGACGAACAAAAACACAGACGAGUACUUCCAGACAGUUGGACAUGCAGACUUCUUCCAAGAUGCUGCGGGUGAGUGGUGGGCUGUAGCACUUGCUACUCGAUCUGGCCCAGCUUGGGAAGUGUAUCCCAUGGGACGCGAGACGGUACUUGUCCCUAUGAAGUGGGAAAAGGGUAAAUGGCCAGUCAUUGAUCAAGUUCGCGGCAAGCAGUCUGGACCUUUGCCACCGAGUAACAAGCGCGUCAAGGGAAAGGGCCCUUUUGCUGACGAAGGUGACGCGCUCGACUUUGCAGUGGGAUCCUCGCUUCCCAAGCAGCUGCUGUUUUGGAGGCCACCAAAGACAUCAUUGUUCGCCAUCUCGCCACCAGGGCAUCCGAACUCCCUACGAAUCUCUCCCUCAAGAGUCAAUCUGACUGCUGAUACCGUUUAUGAGCCAGCUGUGGAUGGUCUUGGGUUCAUCGCGCGUAAACAAACCGCCACUACGUUUGAUUACAGCGUAGACCUGUCUUUCCGACCAACACAGGCGGACGAAGAGGCAGGAGUAACCGUUUUUCUGACUCAGAUGCAACACAUUGAUCUUAGCAUUAUCAAUCUCAGCACCAACGGUACCUUGGCGCCUCAUCUUCGAUGGCGUGUGGAGGCCGUCGGUAAACCCAACUACACCGCACCGGAGGCCAAUGUGGUGCCGCUGUCAAGGGCAUGGCUCAAUCAGCCCGUGCGUCUCAGCAUUGAGGCGACCGAAGCUUCACACUACAAAUUCUUUGCGGCUCCUGUGUCUAAGCCUAAGGAGGCCGUUAGCAUGGGAACUGCGAGUGCGGAAAUUGUGUCAGGCGGAAGUGGCCCAUUCACUGGUACUAUCAUCGGCGCCUUUGCUACGAGCAACAAUGGAACAGGCACCACUCCAGCAUAUAUCAGUAGAUGGCGAUACACUCCAAAGAAGCAGGCAAUUGCAACUGGUGUGUUUGUUCCGGCAUAG